AUGGAGAACAACACCACCCCAAUUCGUCGCCGGAAGCAAGCCAAACAUCCCCAUAAUUUUGAGUCUGAUCAAGAGGUUUGUAGUCUUGAAUGGGAAUUUAUAAACAUGACCGAGCAAGAAGAAGAUCUUAUUUAUAGAAUGUUUUCACUCGUGGGAAAUAGGUGGGACUUAAUAGCAGGAAGGGUUCCAGGAAGAACAGCACAAGAGAUAGAGAGGUUUUGGAUAAUGAGGCAUCAUGAUAUGUUUGCUGAGAGAAGAAAAAACCAAACAAAUAAAUGAGUCAAAAUAUUUAAUUAGUUAACAUAUAUAGAUUUUACCAUUUAUUUUUCUAACAAUGAUUAAUUUAGUCAAGUACUUAAGGGAUUUUAGUUUCAGAAAAAUACCAAUUAUAUCCCUCCAAAUAGUCCACAUCAUUCUUUUUAGUUAUUGGUUUGUUUGUGUGUUGUGUUGGAGAAAUUUUCACUUGCAUCUCUUUGAAGCACAACAUCGACUGUGUGGUUUGGUGCUUAGAAAAAGAGGGUCAAGAGCUUCUUCAUUAGACUUCCAUGGCCAUGAAUGAAGACACCCACCCCCCUUUUUUAUUUCUUCUUCAAGUUAUUUUAUGUUUUUGUUUUGGAUAUUAGCAUUAAUAUUAUGAAUGUUUUUUUCUUAAAGAAAGAAUGGGUUGAGAUUAUUAUGUGGUGGAAUUGAGUGAUUUUAUUAGAAGUUGCUACAUAUUUUUAUAAUAGUAAUUACUCAAGGUAUUUGGAGAAAAGUUAUCUAAGAACUUUAGUGAUUUUUAGAUUAGAUUAAUCUAAAAUAUACUAAUUAAGUUUAACUUUAAAAAUAUGUAGAUGUGAUGCAUACA